UGUCCUUCAUGUCAUAACAACUUACAACGCCCUUUAACAUUACCUUGUGGGUACACUUGUUGCACGCCAUGUCAUAAAAGUAAUUUAGUCUGCAUUGCUUGUCACCGAAUGCAUACAACAGCCAUUAGCCCAAAUGUUACUAUACAAACUAUUCAGACUGUUUUAGGAAAACCCGGUAUGACGAUGAACCUAAAGUCCAAAUUAGCUCAAAGCUUAGAGUGUGCCAUUUGUUGUACCCGAUUCACUCAACCGACGACAACGCCUUGUGGACACACAUUUUGUAGAAACUGUCUUGUACGUUCAUUAGAUCAUCACAACAAUUGCCCCUUUUGCAGAGAAUCACUCGAUUUCUGUCCUCCACCCACCGAAGUCUUAGUGAAUGUAAUUCAACAGCUGUAUGGCGAAGAUGAUGAAGAGUCAGCUGAUGCACUUGAUCUUGACCUAGAGCAUGAUACUCGAGUACCUCUAUUGGUCGGAUCACUUGCAUUCCCUGGGGUCAACUGCAUGAUUCAUGUGUUUGAACCAAGAUAUCGUCUUAUGCUUAGAAGAGUGAUGCAAUCUAAACGAAGCCGAUUCGGUCUGUGCUUAGUGCGGAGAAAAAGAUCAGACAGAGAAAGUCCGUUCUACGAAUAUGGUACGAUGUUGGAAUUGAUGCAAGUACAAACUUUGCCCGACGGUCGAUCGAUCGUGGAAGCAGUAGGCUCGCAUCGCUUUCGUGUAACCAGUUUUCAACUUCAAGAUGGAUAUCACAUGGCAGAGAUAGAACGUAUCGACGACUUGGAUAGAGAGCAACAGCAAGCAGUUGAACAAGAGCAGAUCUUGAGAGCAAGUGCAUUAAGAGCAAAAUGUCAGCAGCAGCGACUGGCAAAUGCCAGCCUACCCCAGUCUAUACAACCGCCUCCUCUGUUGUCAGGGUCACCAAUGAUGCAAAUGAUAAAUCAGCGUCGAUCCUGGGCACAACAAGCACAUCCCCAAACUAGCCAAGUGAACAGAGCUCCCUGGCUGCAGAUGCAUGUCAGGGGCUUGUCUGCAACUCGAUCUAAGCCAUAUCAGAUACAACAACAACAGCCACAACAACGGUUACUACAUCAACCACAACUAGCCAAUAUUAUACCCACGGUUACCAAACAACAGCAAGCCACACCCCACCAAAAUAGACAAGAGGUAGCAACCGAUGAGUUAGUAGACGAAUUAGUCACGUUUAUUCAAAAACUGAUUCAGUACAAGCAGUCUCAUCCAAAUACUCACUGGUUUGGCGCACUAGGCAAUCCUCCCUCCUUGGACAAGUCAUCAAUAGAUAGGGUAAAACUGGUGUGGUGGUUUAUUAAUUUGGCACCUCUGGGUGAGGAAGAAAAAGUUUCUUUGCUGGCAACGAGAACAUUACGUGAAAGGGUUUUGACAGUCAUGUCCUGGAUAGAUAAAUUUGAAGAUCAGUGGUCACUAUUUCUUGACAACAGAAUGCCUCUUCAGUCCUCAUCUUCAUCUGAUAUUGCAUGCUGCAUAUCUUGA